AUGAAGGUGGAGUGGCCAGAGCUAAGAGGUGUGAGUGCAAUUGAAGCAAAGAAACAGAUAGAAAGUGAUAAUCCUAAUGUUACUGCCUUUAUAUACCCUCAAGGUGUUGUGUACUUACCAGCCAUUAAUUGUUGCAACCGUGUCGUUCUCUAUGUUCCAAGCGACAAUUACCCCAACGGUCCUGUCAUCAAUCUUCCUAUGGUUGGAUGA